UCCCAGAUUCCAUAUGGCGCCUUCCAAGUUUUCGUUCGGUGUUUUGACCAUCCUCCCCGCUCUCAUUCUCACCCUCAUCAUGCCCUCUGCUGUUCAUGCUCAAUCCCUUGCUCCCACCCCUGCCCCUACUAGCGACGGGACAGCCAUCGAUCAAGGAAUCGCAUAUGUGCUGAUGUUUUUGGCAUUGGCGCUCACCUAUCUUAUCCACUCGGCCGAUCUCUCUAGCUUCUGAAUUUCAAAAUGGAUAAGUUGAUGGAGAAUGCUA